GUUUCUUUCUAGCCGACAUUUUAUACACCGGAAAUCGUAAGAAUACAAUAGUGAUUACUAUAUACAGUAACCCGGAAGAGGGAUACUCAAGGACCUCUGCAGAACCCGAUGCAAAGCUAUUUGGAACGCAAGAGCAAACAUGGGCGACACACACUUCUACGAGAAAAUUGAUGCCGAAAUGAAAACUUUUCCCUGGAACUACCCAGAACAGUACAUGAUAUCUGAGUUUUUACCCAGUCCUGGAGCGGGUCCUACAAGCUUUACGGGGUAAGCUUAACCGUGCAUAUUCAAUUUUUUGGGUUCUUAUUAAUUCGCGCAGAGUUUGGGGGUCUCUGUCUUAUGAAGUUCUGCACGUUGCAAAGCUCAAAAAAACUUUUAAAGUUCCCAAGUUUGUAUUUUCCGCAAAGUAACGACGAAUAGUAAUGAAAGAGACUGUCCAAUUCUUUCUUUUCGGUGCUCAUUUUUAGGGUUCGUCAAAAGACCACAUUGAUCACAUCAUGCGUGAGACGAAUAUUUAUUGUUGCCCCAUUCAGCCUCUGCAGCUUUUGUACCAAAAGUCUUCGGUUAUCUGAUUUGUGAAAUUGUUUUCUUUCUGCUCCAGAGAGAUCGAUGGAAAUAUGAAGUUUGAAGUGACUGGUAAGUCUCUGUGAAAGUUAUUUUUAGUUUUCGCUACUAAACCAAAACCAAAAGUUAAUUUACUUUAAUUCUGCCACGAUUUCAAGGGUGUGUCGGAGUUCAGAAUUUUUAAGUAACGCGCAUUACCAAUGUAUAUCUUUUGUAAAAAAAGAUCUAAACAAACUUUCCAGGGUUGCAAUUUUCGCCGAAAAUAAGAAAUAGCCAAUGACAAUGCUAUAUAAAAAAGGCUCUCGGAUGGGGUCUGCAGAUAUUUGGAUCUGUAACUUGAAUAAAAGACUGCGAAAAGAUUUAGUUUCAAUUUGUAUGCAGACACGAGUCCGAUUUUAUCAGAUUACCGUAUCAUGAUCCGCAAAUGUCGAGCGUUCUUUAACACACCGUCUUUAUUUAUGCUACUCUGAGUUCAGGGAAUUGUUAUGAUCACCAGGGUCGGAAUAGAAACAUCUUAGCAAUAUUUACAUAAAUAGGGAAGUAUAAUUUUCAAAGGAAGAGCUGAAGCUAUAAAUACUAUCCAUGACUCUAUAGCACAACUCAAUGUUGUGUAAAGGAAUUAAUUGCUUAGCCACACAAAAACACGCGUCCAGCUAAAGCAAUUCAGACAAUGAAUGAAAUAUAUCAGAAGGCUUUUGUCUGUAUGAAGAUAAGUCCCUUGUGCGUGUCGCGUAGACUAAGUACCAAAUGCACCCAUCCGUAAGCAAUUUUCAAGUCAUUUUUAUGUACACUUUUUGAGAAUUUGAAAGCAAUCCGUGACAGGAUAUAUCCUUUUUUGACAACCAUUGUUUUCUUUCUUUAAUUUCUAUAUUUGGAACAAAAAGUUUCAUUGUACAACUAAGUAAGCGUAUCAUAUUUGAAGGUGUUGUGCUUUUGAACUGCAGAAAAAAACAAUCGGCUAUCUAUAGCGUGUGUAUGGAGCAUUCACAUAUGACGUUGGAGUGUCAGCCGCGCCUUAACGUUUAGCUUUAAUUGGAUGAUUCUAUGAAAAGUAACAGUAAAUGUUUCAAAGAAUUAACGGGGCGAGUGUCAUCCAAAAAAUCAGAUAAAAAGAGACAGUCUUGUUAUGCUUAAAAGGACUGAUUAUGUAAUCAAUUUGUUAGUUAACCUUGUUUCUAGUUUGCUCAGCUAAUUAUAAAGGCAUCUAUAUCCUUUCAAACCUAUCACUCUUUUAAUGUGAUAAAUGUGUGUAAUUUUGGGCGUAACGCAUGAAAAAUCACCAACGAAUGACCCAAAGCUGAAAAUGAAAACAGCAUGAUAGACUGACUGUUGGUAACUACAGGGUAUCAUUAAAAACAAUUUUUUCACAGGGUAAAAGUGAUCCAUGAGAAUCUUUCAAGUCUCUUAUGGGAAGUUCGUCACUUUAAGAAUCUCGUCAGUCUUACAGACAGCGAAAGUUGUAAAUAACCUCCGAAAGCAUUAAUUUUUGGUACGGUAAACUUAAUUUAUAUAAGGGCAAGAUACACGGCUUUAUUCUUUUCAAAACAGCGAUUAAAAUGAACACAGCCUUUUCUUCUGACAUCAAGCUCUUCCAGGAAUGGCAAACUGCGCUUUCAAAUCAUCGCAUGCUUUGGAAUAAGUAGAGGCGUUUGAUAGAGAAAAUGCGGUAAAAUAGAGAGCAGUAAGUUUUUUUGGACACAUGAAAUGAAACAAGGGGGCAUUUUUUUCGUUUUAAGGAAGUCGGGCUUAGCCGCACGAAAAGCAGAAACCGCAAUGUUUUUUGCGUGAGCCUCAGGCCUUGCGCGCCUGUAACAUAUAGUGCAUCUUAAAAAUGUUAAGUUUGAUUUAGUUAAACGUCGUCUCUAAAUUUUGUCAUGAAUUCUUUCCCGUUCGAUUUUUGAAGUAAGAUCAACCCGAAGUUCAGCUUGGAUUUUUGGAAAGGCUGAAGAAACAUAUCGCAGUAUAACUUCAAUUGUUUCGGACUCUAAAAGUUUUUGCGGUAACGUUGUAUUGUCUACAACUAGAGAUUCAGAAGGGUAUCAUGCUUCAUUAAAAGGAAAUUCUGUUGUGCAUUGGAAUAAGCGCUUUACAAUUGGCAGAAAUAAAGCAGGUGUGCACUAAAUGCACUGCUAUUUAUAAAAUACGAAACGUUUUAAAGUAACCAACAUCAGUUAAUAAAGGCUUAAAGUAACGUCACCUGCGAAAGCCAACACAACAAAUCUAUCUUUUUAUGUAUUAUUUGUUUUCAGAACCUAUGCAACCAGAGCAGUUUCACGAGGAGCAACUACACUUCUCUCCUGAACCGGUAAUUUAGCCUUUUAUAUUAUUCCUAUAAUAUUUUCCGCUGUAAUUUAGUCCGAGGAAGAAACAAUUAAAAUUUUCAGGGUGCUAUUAAACUCCUUUCGCAACUUUCAAAGUGAGCGCACGCCGUGCAAUCGAUAAUAAUGUACAUAAGUCGAUUUUUAUUUCUUUUUUUCGCCAUUGCAACAUUGCGCCAACAUUUUGAAAUUUAAGCAUAUGCGCCACAGAAGGAAAUGAUUUUUGAGUGCUAUUACAGGUCUUAACAUCUCAACCUGACAUGAAUCUUAAAGUUCAAGGCGUUUAGAUACAAUAUUCCAAUCACUGUACACCAUUAAUCCAUACAUACAACUUUAAACCUUUUUGCCAUCUCCCUUGUACGUGGGAUUCCCUUGGCAGUUUUUUUGCAAGUGGGCAUCGGCGCUAUGUGUACAAUUAAUCAGAGCAAAUUUCUUAAUUUUAUUGAAGAAAAAAUCAUGUCAAAAUGUAUAAUUAUCAGGAGAAAAUUGUCAUUAGUUAUUAACGAGUCCUACAGUUUGAAACCACUGGUCGAUAGGCGAGGAAAAUAUAAAAGUGUUGAAGCUCUCACUAAUGGCAAAAUACUACUCAAUCAAGAAAAUGCAAUCACCUGUAAAGUUUUUAAUUUAAAAUCUUAAAGUAGCACAUGUCAUUCGUUAACCCCAAACAACGUUCAUAAGUAGUGACUAUAAGUUAACUCCAUUUUUCAGCCAGAAAAUUUGCUUAUUCCCACCGAAGACGACGUUUUCCCAGAAUUCGUUGAGCCUCUAACACCAAACAGCGCCAGGUUCCCGCCACAAACACUUAUGAAUCUAUCACCUCCCCACGUUACGUCACCCAGCAUGUAAGUAACCUAGGUAACGUGUACGUACAUCACAGGUGCCUGUAAGAAGAUGAGUAGCCCUGGAUAAUUGAAUGACAUUCAGCAGUGGACAUCUGCCAUAAACUAACCGCAAAUAGUAUAAUGUAACUUGGUACAAGAGGAGUUAGAGAGGGCAGAUGGAUCCCCCAGCCCCUUGGUCUUUUACUGAAUAUUUCGCAAAGAUUAAACGGUUAAAAAAAAAUCCUGUGCAUGUAAGGCGUUCUCCAAGAUAAUGUACGUAUUACGAUAUGGGACAUAACCGGCAGGUGGGGACCAGGGAACCCGUGACGUCAUUCUAAACUCGCCCUCUUGGCCACUAUCUUAAUUUUAACAAAAAUUCAGCUGUAUACAAAACAGCAGAGUCUUUUCAUGAUUAAGGUACAAACGCUUCUAGAUAUAAUUAUAGUUAAUACUUAUCGAAACCAAUGUUUGAUAUUGAAGACAGAAGGUUCUGGCUACACGUUUUUCUCGUAAAAGUUGGCCAGAAACCUUUGGGCUUAACCACCCACCCCCCACCCCCUCCCAAUCUUUUAUACGAUUUAAGAUUAAGGUCAGGCUCAGAACUUACACUAGACAAGUAAAUAAUUGAGUACGAUGGUUUAUUAAGUGACUCACAGUGACUCUCCUCUUUCCAUAACCAGAAACGAGUUCAACGGUGAUUACAAUUUUAGAAUGGUUCUCGAGACACAGGUAAUUUGUCAUUAAAAUCAUUUACCUGUCAUGUUCACCAGUGACUUCGCAAGUUAAGUUUAAAAACUGAAAAAAAAGACAUUUAGGGCGUGUACAAAUUUAAAGUUGGCUUUUUUUUCUUUUCAACAGCCCAAGAAAGUGGCAAAUCCAGACUGGAUUGUAAGUAUAAGCCAACUUGAAGUUUGCCUCUCUUAAAUUGUGGCGAUUUGCAAGUUUUCCUGAGCAUGUUUUUGCAGCAGCUGCAUAUUUCCUUAAGUUUGGAUAUAUUUCCCCUUGAUUGGCAUGUCUCUCCCCCUUUAGCACCCGGUGUCUAUAGAGGUUUCCCCGCAAAUUUUAAAUAGCGCUACUGAUGUAGAUUCAGUAUGGCAAGUAAAACAAACGAAAUGCCUUCAAUUAAUUAACCUGUGACCACUUCUUUGACAUUUUUAAAACGUCAACAAUAAGUUGUUACGUGAAGUAAGCAAGCAGCUUGUACCAACAUACGGAGAAAGAAAAAAAACAAUGGGUCAUUUCCGAGUUCCAAAAACUCUCAGUUUCAAAACGAGAAAUUCAGUUGGCUCCAAGCGUCAAAGAACCACUGAUAAUCAGCAACAUUCACGCGGGAAAGUAAAAACUGAAAGAUCAAAAAGCGAACUAAGGGCGGGAAAACAUGAAGCCGAUGUUUUGUCUGUGGGAUUGUGCAAAUUUACUAAUUUACAUGGCGACUUGUAUUUGCAGUACUCCGUUACACAGAAAAAGCUUUACAUCAAGUCAAAGACACCUUGCCCGAUCAGAUUUUUAACGACUGGUCAGUACCUUUUCGUUGUUGUGCAUGUCUUUUUUUGUAUUCGUGGGGAGCAUAAGAUAGCGAAAGGCCUCCUUUUCAAAAGGUUUUCGACUUACAAAGCAUUUUCUUAAGACCAGGCCAUUAUUUUAAUGAAACAAUCACCUAAAUUUUCCACAUUUGCUUUAAUUCAAUCUCAGGUCCCCCUCCUUCUGGAGCGUUCAUCCGAGCAAUGCCCGUGUUCAGGCAGCCGGAACAUGCGAAGGAUGUUGUGCGCUGUUGUCGUAAUCAUACUGAAGAAUACUCAGGUAAAAAUAUUAAUAAAAAAAAAACUCUUAAGACCGCACCACAACUUACAACUCAAAAUAAAAGAUACAAUAUUUCUAGCCUGAGAAAACUGCUGACAUGGCGCAACGCUACCACUGGCUUCACCGAAAAAUGACUUCUGAGGAGUGGAUUCACUCUAUGCAUCUUAGUUACCCUCGUCAUCCUAUCCGAUUUACCCAAGCGCCUUCGAUGCCAGAGCCUGGAACAACAAACUGACGACGCUUUACUAAACUGUUCUGCUUGCCUUGGAUUAAAAGUCUCCACUAGCCGAUUUCGUCGACACUACUAUUUGGAUGAUAUAAUUCUAUAGUUGUAAUAAAAAUUGCAAAGCUUUUUAUUGUUUCAACGACAGAUGGCUUAAAUGAUUGACUGUGAAAUUUUUUAAUAGGCUCCCCAGCUACCGGUCAUUUCCUCCGCUGUGACAAUCAAGAGGCCUUUUACGAGGAAUGUCCCCAAACCACCAGGCACUCUGUGAGGAUACCGCUGCGAGCACCACCCACAGGUGAGCCUUCGAGCCUGCCUUCGAAUCGCCUCAUGGGACGUGUUUACAAAAGGAUUUUUAGAUGAAAUUUCCUCGGAAAUGCACCAAGAAACAGAAGAGUGAGCUCAUUUUACUCGGUAUAAGAAAGUGUACUUAUCCCUGUAACAUUCAAAUUCAUUACAACUCAUCAACUACGAGAAUUUUACAGGACCUGUCAGGCCAGGAGCCCAUCAAAUGGGCUCCUGGACCUGUUGAAAUUCAGUCCUUCUUGCUUUUGUGGGCCAGAGCUAGUUUUAGGAUAGUAUAGAUGGGGACAGUGUUUCUGUUUUCUGACAUGUGUGCGACUUUCAAUGGAUGUAAGUCUGAGCCAUGGAAGACCCAAAUGAACAAAGGUGGGGUAAUGUAUUAUUACUAUACGUGCCAUCUACUACGAUAGCUGCAAAAAAAGUUUACCCGCAUUGUAAAGGUGCUAACAUAAACAUGACAAAUCAAUAUUUCUCUUAUUACGCAUUCAUUUCCUCUUCAUUUUACAAACAACCAAGUUAUUAUAAAAGCAGUUUACUUUUCUCAGUCAACUACUGAUUUGGCAAUUUUUCAAUCUUUCUCUUUCUUUCCUUUGUUCAUAAACAGCUGAAGCAAAUGAGGAACUUGGAGUCCAUGAGCUGUUUUACUUCAUCUGUAACAAUUCAUGUGGUGGACUUAACAGACGGCCCAUUCAAAUCAUCUUUACACUGGAAAAUCUGUAAGUAUAUGGUCACUGUAGUGUUUGAACUGCUCACUGCUCUUUCCCGCCAUCUUUCUCUCGACCUUGUCUUGCUCUUUUACACUCAAAUCUCACCAUAGGUACCCUUAUUUAAAAGUCUUCUUUACAGCCAGUUUAGGUAAUGUUAAUGUUAGUGCAACACAGCCUACCAACAUUGUUGCGAGAUUGUUUCGAAUGGUUGCAGCAUUGUCCCACCAUUGCGGCGCUGUGUUGUGUUAAAAAUCAACGUUGUGAAUCGUCCCGUGUAAAAUUACCUCUACGAAAGAAUGCUUUGAUCUCUCGUUACCAGGUCGGGGAGCGCAGUAUUGGGAAGGUGCUACGUCAAUGUCCGGGUGUGCGCAUGCCCUGGCCGGGACUCAAAACAGGAACUGGAAGCCAUUAGUCGUCCAGGCAAAAAGAGAAAGAAUAAAGGAAGUGAGUUCACAUGUUACCAUGGAAACCUCGUCACAGGAUCUUUCCUCAUCUUGUUCCAUGACGGAAGGCAUGGAAGAAAAUGGGCAGUAAUUGAUAUCACUAUAAGACAAUUUUAAUAUGAUAAAAUUUAUACUUGGCGCCAAGGCGUGAGGAAAUAACACAAGAGAAAUAACCUCAAGGUUCAGAGAUGAAUAAAACAAUUUUUUCUUUUUUUCCUCCAAGCCUAGGAGCCAAUUAUGAAUUUUAACAUAUCGAAAUUGGUCUAUAGUGAUAAGUACGCCGUUUACUUGCAUAUUAUUGGUUCGUUACUCUUUUCUUUUCGCCCCCUCUGACAUAGCCAGAAAUUUUCUGUAAUUAAAUACUUACUUUAAGACAUCUUUUUAAAAUAAAUUGACUCGCUUAUUUGAGUUUCCUUACAAAUAUGCUAAUAAAAGAUCGCCUACUUCUUUUUUGUCAACGGUCGAUGCAACUUUUAGUAGGGCAUCACUGGUAAACAAGCCUUAAUCGUGGUAUACACAAAUCGGUCACCCAUCUGAAAAUCUCGCGCAUAAACAAUUAAAAAUAGAAUUUGAACUUCUGGGGAGAAGGAUCAAAAAGAGAACGAAUAGGAGAGUUCCACUGCCUCAAUUCACAGCUCAUAUUUUCUACGAUGGCGCAAGCCCUUUGAAUUUCCAGUCGUAAUUUCCAAUUCCCCAUUCUUAACGGUAAUUACCGCUGCUGACUUUAGUACAAUAAUGUUAAAAACAGAUAGCGUUAGAAUGAGCAAAUUUUAGGUCCAAGUUAAAUUUAACUUAAAAGAAGGGGGAGACAGGGCAGGCUCAGACGUGGAACUUUACAUGAGUCGAUUCUACAUUUCGACGUCUAGGGAAUUGGUUACAAAGGAUGACUAAUUUUUGUACUUCAUUUUGAAAUCGUUCACUACGGUUCUUCCCUCAAUGCCCUGUCGUGAAUUCACCUUUAGAACGGCUAUGAUUUAGACGGAAAAGUGACAAUUUUACGAGUUUCGGCUUAAGACUCUAAGAAAUUCGGCUAACCAAGAUCUGUGUCUAAAUCAACGAGCGUACUUUUAUUGAUAUCGGUCGGCUUAAGAAACCAGUUUUUCGGGUCGCUGGUGAAGUAAAAUGUCGUAAGUAGGGCAGAAUGGCACGAAUAACAAAAAUAAAAGAGUGCCUCUAAAAUCACUUGUAAAAUUAGAAUCAAGUUUGACUCACUCAGCAAAAGUUCAGCGUCUGACGUGGCCAAAUUUUGUGUUUAGAUGAUCAAGGCCUGGCUGGUAUUGCAGGUGUUCAUGACUUACAGUGCUUUGGUCCAAAGAUGACAAAAGAGGACAGUACAGUGUAUAACCUGAAGGUAUGCAUUCAUAACAAGCCAUGCUUGCUACGCAGUGGGAGCGCACUAGGGAGCUUAAGCUAAACCCAGUUUACACGGGUCCGGACAAUUUUUUUAGGGUGUCCGUUUUAGGGAAGGGUUCAUUAAAGAGCUUUCGAUUCUAAGACGAGAACGACUACGAGUACGAGAUUUUCUCAAUAGUAAGUAGUGCUCGCGCGUGAGGCAGCGUCAAUUUGGCGGGAAAACGUAUUAGACGUCGUCAUUCUACUACGAGUUUUAGCGCGAGUGUCGUAGUGGCGGGAACAAGUUAUCAAAUGUUUGUGCAUGAAGUUUUAGCAUUUUGUAAUCGGGAGAGGGCUCAACCUCCUUCAAUGCUAACUUUCCUGGUGAAAAAAAGUACAAUGAAGAAUUCCGUGGUGUCUAUUUUUUGACAAUAAGCGAAAAAACGGGUAGUCGUUCUCGUCCUCGAAGCUAAGGUCUCUAUUACUACAGCGUUGACUGCAUGAUUUGUUUUGACAGAUUUGUGGAUUCAACAAUUACCUGAUGUUAAAGAGGAUAGCCAUUGCACUGGAGCUGUUUACAAACAUGGAAAACAAAUUGUAAGUUUGUUUUCAGAGAAAUAUUAUAAAGUCCGAUUUAAUGCAGGCUUGUGUACCAAUUCCGUAUUGUUUAAUUAAUAUAGCACUGCUAUGGAGCCACAAGACCUGGAGAUGCCAGACUUCACCGAAUAUAAUCCAGAGGUAAGUACUCUGUACUCUUUUGACGGUCUGAAUAUUGGGACACCUCGAUAAUACUAAACACUUAAUUUUUUGGCUCUGUAACACGAAACAGCAAAAGAUUUACUGUAACAGUAAAUAUUUUCCUGAAAGAAACAAAAACGGCUUCAAAAGGCCAAUAUUAUUUUGUUUAGUAUAUUAAGGAGUUAACAACCCAUUUCCGACAAUCUCCGAUUAUGUCAUAAGAUUUUCGAAGACUGCUGAAGAUUCCGAAUACUACCGAAGAUUUCUGAAGAUUUCCGAGAAACCCGAAAAUUUUCGACCUUACUCCGCCGUUAUAUUCAUAUGAUCAAAAGUGACCUGCUUCUAUGCCUUUCGAAAGCAGAAUUCCACCUCGCUUCUAUAAAAGCUGAAUAGAACUUCAAGAACACCGGAGGGAAAUCCUGUCGAUGCCACCAUGAUGUUUCGACUUCGCCCUCGACACUGACUAAAGGAUCGCGCUUUAAUUCGGGAAUUUAUAACAUCUAGUGGCGUUUUUUGUUGUCGAUCUACAUAGAGAAUGCAUGAUAAACUAUAGACAAUGCAUCACCCUUAGAAACAACAGUUUUAGAAAAGAACAUUUACGAGUAUUGCUACACUGGUGUGCGUCUAUUGCAGGUCUUCCCUGUUCUCCCCCAACCCAUCGCAAUAUUACGUUGAUGGAGUCCCCAAGGAUGCGGUGGAAGGUUAUCCUGGGGAAAGGAAGCGACACAAAAUUACUCAACUUGCGUCUCAUACAAAAACCUGGAGCGAAAAGUCGCAUGCUACUGCUUUCUGCCACUACACAACACCCAGUGAAUGUAGCAGAAUAUUUAGCGGAACAAAUUUUGCCAAAAUUGCAAAACUUCCAUUAUCACUGCAAUUUUCAUUUAUUUAUUGUUUUUUGACAUUUUUCCGUCUUAGGAACAAGACGCGUCUGAGCCUGACUCAACCAUCAUCAAGUAAGAAUUCAGUUUUUUACACUAAAUGAUGAACUGUUUUUUUUAUUUUCUUUUUCUUCUUCUUUUUUUUUUCAUGUAAUCAUCACCAUAUUAGAGUAACGGGUGAAUGGAAAGCGGACCUAAACGACUUUUGUGAGAAAUCAGCAAACUAUGAUCUGAUCGGAACCUGCUGAACCUCUGAUAAACAGAUAAUAACUGUAGCCUUUGAAUCUUGUAGUCAUGCCCGCCAGGAGGGCGAAAAUGGACUCAUCAAUUCCCGUUUUUCUCAGGCACCUGCCUUGAGCAGAGGUGCUUGUUAAUGCUUCCAAGUUAUGUGAUUGCUUAGUGCAUAUCCUUUGCCGGUUGCAGGUCACUGACCUGUGAUUCACCACCUCCAAGCAUUACGAGCCAGGAAUCUUUAGCAGUGCCAUCACAGCCGGAAGACACCUGGUACCAAGCUAUCCCACAAGACCAAGCAGGCGAAGUCACUCAGGCCCCUGAGUAUCCAGAAUGCUUUACGACCUACCGGCGAAUCACGCAUUUUGUAGAGUUCUUCGACGUCGCUGAAGUUUCAAGUAGAUUUGAGGACAAUUGA